AUGUUUGUACAUACUCCCAAGGGGGCUCUGGCGACACCAACAGUCAACCUGGUGACCAGUGUGGGGAGAAGCUGGAUGAUGUGGGAUAUGGAAAGAAUGACGCUGGUUUUUGUCGGACCCGAGUCUGGCGGAGAGAUCAAGAGCCUUGUACAGACUGGGACAGAGGUGUUUGCUGCUGUUGGGUCUCGAGUUCUCAAAUAUCACCGUGGAAAGCAGACUGGGGUAUUCAAAGCUCCUGCUGAAGUCAAUCUGGCUAGCAUACAGAUUCUCGGCGAUCAGCUGCUGGCUCUGCGAGAAGAUGGGACAGGCCUGUAUAUCUUCGAUCUUGCCUCGGGCUCGGUUGCCAACGAGCUUCAAUUCCAUCCCGCCUUCCAAGCGACCGUCUUUCUGCACCCUUCUACCUACUUGAACAAGAUUCUGAUCGGUGGGAAGACAGGAGAGCUUCAGCUCUGGAACGUCAGGACAUGCUCACUCAUCCAUACGUUCGCACCUGCCUCACCUUCAUCACACUCUCCAGUCACAGCCUUGGUACAGGCCCCAGCCGUCGAUGUUGUAGGCGUCGGGCAUCUCGAUGGAUCUAUCAGAAUUCUCGAUAUACGUCAGGGAGACCUGGUCAUGCAGCUGAAAGUGGACGAUGGGAGCGUGACUGGUCUGGCAUUCCGGAUGGAUGGUCCGCCUAUACUUGCAAGUUCCUCAUCCGCAGGCUCUAUAGCCUUUUGGGACUUGUCCAAGGGGGGUAGAGUGAUUCAUGUCCAACGACGAGCUCACGAGAGGGGUAUCUCGGGUUUGGAAUGGGUGCCAGGUCAGCCUCUGUUGAUCAGUUCCAGCGGGGACAACAGCAUAAAGCAAUGGCUUUUCGACUCUCCGACGUCCGUACCUCGACUAUUGAAAUUCCGUGGUGGCCACCAUGCACCCCCCUCAUGGAUUAGAUACCAUGGAGAGGAUGGGAAGGACAUCUUGACUGCUGGCCGAGACAGAUCGUUGAGAAAUACCAGCGUUGUCCGGGACUCCAGAAGUCAUGAGCUAUCGCAGGGGCAAUCUCUGAUUAAGAAAUCCAGAGGACUUGGUAUUUCGGCCGACGAGCUCAAGCUGCCGCCGAUCACAGCCAUGUCUUCCUCGUCCACGCGAUCAAAGGAUUGGGACGACAUUCUUACUGCUCAUGCAGAGGAGACGUCCGCUCGGACCUGGAGGGCAAUGGAUAAAAAGAUGGGCACUGGAAAUUUCGAAAUGGAGCAUGGUGUCAUCCAGGCUGUAUGCGUCACUGCGUGCGGGAAUUUCGGAUUGGCAGGGUCCUCAGCAGGCGAGAUCAAGAUGUGGAAUAUGCAAUCAGGGAAGGAAAGGCGGUCUUUCGGACUCACAGGGGAGCCCCGAGGCGACACACGCCCAGGCAUCAUUGCAUCUGCCAAAGGCAAGGCGAAAGAAAAGGCCAGAGCUCCGGUCAGGUCGAUUCAAGCCGUCACCGGAAUCGCCACCGAUGCGUUGAAUACAACCGUCAUUGCCAGUACGCUGGAGGGGAAGCUUUAUUUCUUCGACUUUCACUCCACAAAGCUUGGGGCUGAGCUACAGCUGCCAUCUUCCAUCACAGCUCUUGGUGUUCAUCGAGAUAGUGGUAUACUGAGCGCCAUCUGUGACGAUCUCGUCGUCCGAUUGGUAGACAUUGAAACAAGGAGGGUCGUCCGAGAGCUCAGAGGAUUCAAAGGCAGAAUACUGGAUCUCGCUUUCUCGCCUGAUUCAAGGUGGCUCAUUACUACGUCAAUUGACUCGAUCGUGCGGACUUAUGAUAUCCCUACCGGAAGUUUAGUGGACGCUUUCCGGACGGAAAGUAUCGCCACGAGUCUGACUUUUUCUCCCACUGGCGACUUUCUGGCGACGGCGCAUGUGGAUAGUCUGGGUGUCCAUUUAUGGGCAAAUAAGGCUCAGUUCUCCGAUGUUGCUUUCAGUCAUAUCAACGAUGAGGACGAUGUGCAAGCAGUGGCGCUGCCUUCGGUGCAGGUUGUAGACGAUCUUUCACGUCUCGAAGGCUUUGAGCCGAUAGGUGCACCGGAGCCUACGGAUAUCUAUACAUCACCGGAGCAGCUCACGGAAGGACUGUUGACUCUUUCGUUGAUGCCGCGAUCAAGGUGGCAGACACUAUUGAAUCUCGACACCAUCCGGGCCCGCAACAAGCCCAAAGAGCCACCAAAAGCACCCGAAAAGGCGCCAUUCUUCCUGCCAACUGUCGCUGGUCUCGAGACUCGAUUCGAUUUGAGUUCUGCACAACCGGAUGAGGCAUCGUCUUCAACCCAAAAGAUUUCCACCUUUGGCUCCUUCAUCGACAGUGAUUUCACUAGGCGACUGAUGCUGGAGCCAGAGGACUCGAACUACUCUGCCUUCUUCGAGUUCGCCAAAGCUCUAUCACCUUCGGCCCUUGAUCUCGAGAUCCGCUCGUUGUCCUCGAUAGAGCAUUUGUCUCGGUUCUUACACGCUCUGACUGCGCGUCUCAAGUCUCACAGGGAUUUCGAAGCAGUUCAAGCCCUGCUCAGUGUCCUCUUGACCGUGUCCGCAGAUCUUCUUAUCGCCAACGAAGAAUUGUGUGAUCAGCUGGUGACACUGAGAGAGGAACAAGGUAAAGAGAGUGCCAGAUUACGAGAGUUAGUGGGCUACACCAUGGGCACUCUAAGCUUUUUGCGAGGGGCAUAA